CAGUAGACGCGGCCAGACGCCGAUGACACGUGUUCGGGCAACUUCGACGCGCAGUCUAUACCAUGCUGGCCAAUUGAAAGGCGAGUGGUUAACCCGAACAUAACCGAAUAUUACAACUUGGAAUUUAGAUAACGACUCAUUUCAAGGUUAUUGGAUUUUGCGGCAUAAAAUGGCGGACGAACAACUGCCUGCCGGUUGGGAAAAACGGCUCAGCCGUUCUACAGGUCAACAUUAUUAUCUCAAUAUAUACAGUAAAGAAUCUCAAUGGGACCCACCAGAUAAACCUGCAGAACCCAACACAGGCCCAGAGCGUGUUCAAGCCUCCCAUUUACUAGUGAAGCACAAAGAUUCAAGAAGACCAUCUUCAUGGCGUGAAGAAAACAUCACAAGGAGUAAGGAAGAAGCUCAUGAUAUGAUUAAAGCAUACAGAGAACAAAUCACUUCUGGAAAAGCACAAUUUGCAGAACUGGCAUCUAAGUACUCCGAUUGUUCGUCUGCAAAGCGGGGCGGCGAUCUUGGACCGUUCGCUCGCGGCGCCAUGCAGAAACCCUUCGAAGAUGCCGCAUUCGCCCUGAAGGUGGGAGAUAUGAGCGAAGCGGUGUUCUCCGACUCAGGCGUACAUAUUAUACUGCGGACUGCUUAAAUAUUCAAGUCACUUAACUUAAAUAAUGCCAUGAAAAGCAUUUAUCUUUGAUUCUCUUUGAAUUGGUCUGUGCUGGUUAUUAAUUGAGUAGGUGGAUAGAUUUCUUAAUCAACUGUUCAAAUUGUUUUAAUCCUUAGUCCUUUGUUUUUCAAUUUGAUAAUUUGUAAUAUUUGCUAUAUCAAUAAAUAAUACAAUAAACUAACAAA